AUGUCCGCCAACUCGCGCCCCAACCACCACGCGCCGUUCCAACCACACUAUGCGCCGCCCGAUGCAUAUGCGCACUACACGGGUGCGGCGUGGCAGCAACAGCCGUUUCGACCGCAGCAGUACUAUCCGAGACCGUACGCGUCGGAUCCUUAUGCGUCGUCAUCGAGCGGGUAUCCGCACCAACAGGCGUUUCCACACCAACAGUAUGCAUCGCCCUACCAGCACCACACCGCUUCGGCGGCAUAUCCAGGCGCGUAUCACGAAGAGCCGUCGUAUCCAGGCCCAAUUGUCAGUCCUGCGCCACAUCCAGCACAUGCUCGCGCACUAGAGACGCAGCUGGACCACCUACACCUGGCGCCCGAGGCUGGGUCGUCGAGAGCGUCGAGCGCGCCAGCGUCACGAUCCGCAUCGGGCGGCGGCAAGUCUGACAUUGCACUGCGCUAUCCGCGGCUCCCCAUUGUCCCUGCGAUUGCCCCAGCCCCUGCUGCGCUUGCUGCGGCGGAUGCAGAGGUGGGCGAGUACGUGGCGCAGCUGCAUGCGGCGCUCGAGGCGUACGAGCGGCGCGAUGAGAUGCUGCGCCUGCGCACCGAAGCGGUCGGCUUUGAACCACGCCGUGCGUACCUCGCCUGGCAACACCCCUCUUCCGACAACGCUGAGGAGGGGGAGGGGGCGGUGAAUGCGGUGCUGGGAGUAAGGUUGUUGCAGAGGCUGGAUGCGGUGCAGCGCGAAAACGCCGAGCUGGGCGGUCUGCUCGCGCGCGCGCCCGAGCAGCGCCGCCAACUCGAGCACGAGGUGCACGAAUGCCAUACGCUCAUCGAUGCGCUCGACUCGGCACUCACCCAUGCGCAGCAGCACGCACAAAAGACGCAGCAGGCACUCGAUCUCGCGUGCGCCUCCAACUCUACCGCCAUCGUCUCCACCCCUCCCCAACCCACUCACGACAACAGCAUUAAGUCCGAGCAGCCCACAACGCCGCGAAAGGGAGCACCACGAAGACGAAAGGGCAAACCAUAG